AUACAAAAUUUGACAGCAAAAAUUUCUCAAGAGUCGCGUUAUCGGAAAAAAUCCUGUGUUUUCGUUGGAAAUGCUUAUGCAAUGAGCGAUGCUUGUCCUGUCAACGGCCAAUUGAAGAAAUUCGUAUUUCGUGGCAAAUCCAGCACUAACGGCGAUACCCGAGGUGAAUACUUGGAGAUAGUAAUACCGGAGCUUCUGUCCGCUGGCUACUCGUUCUACACGUGGCCAUCUGCGCCGCUAUUGGCUUGGUAUUUGUGGACGCAGAGGCGGCAUUUGCGCGGUCUAAAAGUGUUAGAGCUGGGCUGCGGAACGGGGUUGCCUGGGAUAUUAGCUGCCAAGUGCGGGGCACAGGUUACGUUGACAGAUAGUGUUGCAUUGCCGCGAUCUUUGCGGCAUCUAUCCGCUUGUUGCGAAGCCAACGGGUUAGUUCCCGGCCGUGACGUACAGCUUCUCGGGCUAGCUUGGGGCCUGUUCCUAGCAGAUGUACACUCGCUCCGCCCUGUAGACCUGCUCCUAGCGUCCGACUGUUUCUACGAACCAUCCCAAUUUGAAGAAGUCCUGUCCACUGUAGCGUAUCUCUUGGACGGCACUGACGCUAGAUUUUUGUGUGCUUACCAGGAACGCAGCGCGGACUGGUCCAUUGAAGCUCUGCUCAAGAAGUGGGGGCUGAAGGGUGCAUUGCUCGACCUCGACUCGCUCAGUGAGAGCUCCGGCGUGGACUACAGGGCAAUGGCAGAAGCACUCAAUUAUCCUGAUUCUGACUUCUCUGAUGAUGACCAGUCACCACUAGACAUAUCUUUCAAUAUGGCCGCUGCUCAUGUCCGGAAAUUAACCUCAAAGCUUGGUAACAAUCAGCUUUUAGAGCUCUAUGGUCUAUACAAGCAGGGUACAGAAGGGGUUUGCAACACACCCAAGCCUGGUUGGUUAGACGGACGGGGCCGCAGGAAAUGGGAGGCGUGGAGGGCUCUUGGAGAUAUGCCAUCUACCGAGGCAAAGGAAAAGUACAUUGCAUUGGUCCAGAAAUUUGAUCCGGAAUGUUCAGACUUAAUUGACACAAAGACUAAAGAAGCUUGGGUCACAGUAUCAUCACUCCGAUAUUCUCCCGAACCUGAAUUAAAAGAAAAUGAACUGUCUCUGCUAGAGGCAGCUCGUGAGAACUGUGCGGAGCGUGUAACAGAGUUAUUGUCACAAAACCCGGAGCUGAAGCAUGAAAGAAGUGAAGAUGGCAUGACAGCGUUACACUGGGCUGCCGACCGAGACGCCACAAAAUCUUUAGAGGCCGCUUUGAACGGAGGCUGUUUCAUAGACGCUGUAGAUGACGGCGGCCAAACCGCGUUACAUUACGCUGCAUUCUGCGGGCAUCUCAACUCGACUAUCCUGUUGGUUGAGGCCGGAGCUACCUUAGUGAAAGAUAGUGAGGACUGUACUCCGUUGGACUUGGCGACUGAUGAUGAAGUGAGGAAGGUUCUGCAAGGUGCUAAGUCUUAAUGGCAUUUAUAUUUAGUGUUGCCAGUUUUAGUUUAUACAAUGGGUAGUGUAAUAAACUUAUUAUGAUUAUGAA